ACAUCCCAAUGUUCUGGACCGCACCCAGUCUAAUCCAGUCUUCCAAUUCCAGAUUCCGGCAGUGAAUCGGGCUCGCACAAAAGUAUGCGCGGCAAGGGACCCUCCGGACCGUCGGACGGCAAACCAACCCGGGUGCGAACGGUGCUCAACGAGAAACAACUACACACCUUAAGAACCUGCUACAAUGCCAAUCCCCGGCCGGAUGCCCUGAUGAAGGAACAGCUGGUCGAGAUGACGGGCCUCUCACCACGGGUCAUCCGGGUCUGGUUCCAGAACAAGCGGUGUAAAGACAAGAAGAAGACUAUCCAGAUGAAGCUGCAGAUGCAACAGGAGAAGGAAGGUCGUAAACUCGGUUAUGGCAUGCAGGGAAUCCCAAUGGUUGCCAGCUCCCCGGUACGGCAUGAUUCUCCGCUGAACAUGCACGGCCUGGAAGUGACCGCCUAUCAGCCACCGUGGAAGGCCCUGUCGGACUUUGCGCUGCACUCGGACCUGGACAGCAACGGGGCGAUCAACACCCACACGCCGGCGUUCCAGCAUCUAGUCAAUCAGAUGCACGGUUACGAUGUCGGUGGCGGCGGUGGUAUGCAGCAAAUGCCCGCCCAGGGACAGGGACCACCGAUUGCCUCCCACAUGGACAUGAGUGGGCACCACCAUCCGGACAGUACCGAUUCCUAUGUGACAUAUCUGGAAAGUGACGACAGCAUGCAGGGAAGCCCGUAAACGCCCCCCAAAGGUGGAUGGGUUUCAUCAAUACUACUAACUAGUGUGAUCUGUGCCCCGUUUGAAAAUCAAAAUUUUAUUUUUGAAGGCGUGUCUUCAUGCCAGCCAAGGAAAAGAAAAUUUGAUAAAUGCCAGGUUUAGUUUUAGAUUUUUUUUGCUCGCGGUUCCUACAGAACAUGAAAACAUCCUAUUCAAUGGAUGGCAGAUAGGUGGCAAUGAUUUAGUUUAGAAUAUAGGAAGGUCCAUUAGUUUAGCACGUUUUACGUGCAGGCAACGAUAUUAAUUUAACUUAUUUCAGUAACACCCCCCACUGAGAUUGAUUCUGUUGAUAGCCUCAGAAAUCUAGCCAAUCGUACUUUUUAUUUGUUAGUUCGUUUGUUUGUCGCAGUUUUUAAAAAGGACGACUUUUUUGUUUCUCUGUAAAUAUUGUACUAUAGCAAGAAAAAAAUCGAAAAAAGAACACUUAAAAAUAUCAGAAGGGCAUUUUCCUCUCUUGCUGAUGGUUAGCCUAAUCAAAUUCAAAGUUACAAUGGUCUCCAUAAGUGUUAAGGUUUUAAUUUGUAAAGCAAUUCAUCUCGUCUGUAAAUAGCUCUUUUUAAUUUAUCACACCAGCAAGCAACACCCGAAUCCACAAAAAUCUAGAAAGUGUGGUAUAUGACAGUAGAAUAUAAAGAAAUGAAAUCAAGCUUAACUAUGUUUUACGAGAGAAAAAAAAGUCGCUAUAUGGAGAUGUAGGGAAAUUGAUUGUAAUAUAGAAAUGAAUCACUUUUGAGAUUUAGUCGAUGGAGGUAGUCCAUCUCUUGAGAAAGAAUGCAAUGAAAUUAACGCAAACUCUGUAUGAUACAAACCAUUAUUGAUUGUAUGGAAGAAUAAAUUAAACCGAUUAAAACUCAUCAAUUUUAAUCUGACGAAUGCGUUUUAUUUGAAGAAAGAACAUGACCAAGCCAGCCAGAAUUAUAAAUUAUUGUAAAACACUUUUUAUAACAUUUUUUAAGCAGCCAUUUUUAACUUUUGAAAGCAGCUGGUCAGGAUG